AUGUCGCUAGAUCCAAUCGAGUUGGAGUGCCGACUCGACAUAUUGAACUCCCACAGUGAAAAACUCAUGAAAUGUCAGUCGAAAAUUCAGGAAAUCGACGAAGAAGACAUUGCCCGUGGAGACUUAGAGGACUUAAUUGUAGAAACAAAGUCCAUUAUAAAGUCCAUUCUGGCGAGAAAUAAGUCGCAAAUUGCCGAAACAUCUUUUAUUGCACCUCACAGCUCGCGACUACCAAAAAUGUCGUUACCUACAUUCAAAGGAGAAUAUUCCGAAUUUAAAAACGUUAUGAGUCUGUUUGAGAGUUUGGUGCACAAUGAUCCCACAAUCCCGGAUAUUGAAAAAUUUAAUCAUUUAGUUUCAUGUCGAUCCGGUGAAGCCUUAGGCACAGUGAAGUCCUUCGUGUAUGCAAAUGCCGGAAGAAAAUUAUCCAAAGGCGUUGGCAAGUUUGAGAAAGGUAUAUGA